AUGGAAACCCUAAAGAAGAUUGGGUUGUGGAUUGCGCCCCCUCCGAACAAGUCAGAUGAUGGACGCGACCAAUGGCCAUCUCGAGCUUCCUUUCUCCUCGCCGCAAUGGGUGGCUGCGCCGGGAUGGGAAACCUCAUUCGAUACCCGUCGCAGGUCUACAACAACAACGGCCUCCAAUGGUUCAUCCCCUAUCUGCUGUGCGUCUUCAUGAUAGCCAUCCCGGCCCUCGUCCUCGAAAUCGCCAUCGGCCAGGCCUACCAUGGCGGAUCCGUCGUCGCGUUCAACAACAUCCACCGCCGUCUCAAGGGUCUUGGAUCUAGUCUCCUCUACGUGGGUUUCGUUGUCGGGCCAUAUUUCGUGGCCAAUCUUGCCUGGAUCAUGAUCUACUUCCGACAUUCCUUCACGAGCCCUCUGCCUUGGACCGGCCACAGCGAGGAAUUCUUCUACAAGGAUGUCGUGGCCAACAUCGACCCGAUUGAAGGCAAUAAGACCAACUCCGCCGUUCUCGACUACGUCAAAUACCCGGGUGUCGCCCUCAUCGGCGAAACAGUCGGGUGGACGGCCUUCACCUGGUUCCUCGUCUGGCUCUGCAUCUUCCGAGGCGUGGGCUUGACGGGCCGGGUCGUCUACUUCACCAUGGGACUCCCCAUCGUGAUUACCAUCAUCCUUAUCGGCCGGUCCGUGUCCCUCGAGAACGCGGGGCGGGGACUCAAGCUGUACGUUGGCGAAUGGCACGGUGAGAAGCUGGGCAGCGGGGAGAUCUGGCAGACAGCAGCCGGCCAAGUGUUUUUCUCUACUGGUGUGGGCUUCGGGUAUUUCAGCUCGUACGCAUCGUACAACCAGAAACACUCCAACGCCGUCAUGGACUCCCUCCUCAUCGUCUGCAGCAACGUGGUCUUCGAGUCCCUCGCAGCUCUGGCAGCCUUUGGUGUGAUAGGCUAUCUUGGUAUGGUCCCUAAGGAAGGAGAGAGGAUCGGCUCGUUUACCAUCGGCUUUCUCACCCUCCCGACCGCCAUCACCGAGAUGCCCGGGUCCAACUUCUGGGCCGUCUGCCUAUUCUUUACCCUCAUGGUUCUCGGCUUCAGCUCCGCCUUUGCCAUGCUGGACGCCGUCGUGACUCUGGUCAUGGACACGGGAAUCAAGUGGCGACGGGAAUGGGUCGUCACUGCACUCACGAUCCUGUCGUUCUUGCUCUCUCUCCCCUACUGCACUCAGUUUGGCUACUAUCUCCUCACCGGGAUCGACAGGUGGGUCAACGACAUAGCCUUGGUCUUCGUCGUCUGGUCCGAGUGCGCUUUCUCCACGACUUUUUACCGCUGGAGAGACGUCGCCGGGCAGGUAGGACUUCCUUCCUUUGUGACCUUCAACUGCGGCUUCUUCGGGGGCAUGUUCUUCGGUGUCACAGUUGCCCAUGCAGUCUCCCCGGCGGCUGGGGCCGGCGUCGGCUUCGGCCUCUUCAUUGGCGGCUCCAUCAUUGCCAGUGUCAUCGGAAAGACACCGGACUCCAAGGUCCCGGCCAGGUUCUUUCACCGGAACGUCUUCCUCAGCCGGUUCUGGUAUCUGGCUUUCUACUCGGGACAGCAAUUACGGCUCGACCUCAACAUCAUCAUCGCGAGAGGCAAGAACUGGAACAUUCCCGUAUUCUGGGCUCCCCUCCUCCGCUUCAUCUCCGCCCCUGUUCUCGCCAUCAUCUACGGGUUUUCGUACCCGGGCUUCCACCAGUUGCGCGACGACCCGCUCCACAUCCUCGGCUUCGCCGUCGCGCACUUUGCCCUCGCCCUCAUCGGGCUGGGCGUCAUCGUGCCGAGGUGGUUCAACAUCCUGAUCCCGGCACAUCGUCGUGAGGACGGCAAGAUACCCUACGCUCCUAACGUUGUGCUGGGGACCAUCGAUUCCGAACAGGCUGAGUCGAUGGAGGGCUUCUCCAAGCGGAUGCAGCACGAUGUCGGUGCCCUUUUGGGGACACGGGGUCUUGACCGUUUGUCAUUCCCCACGCAGAGGUGA